AUGGUAAGAAUAAUGAGAAGUGGCACCAUAAAUCUUCUUUUACUAGUUUUCUUAUUUACAAAUUUAUUACACUCUUUUAAUGCUCAGCCAGCCCCAUCUCCUAAUUCGCCAUCGCCGGCUCCUAAUCCAACUCCACCUUCGCCUACACCAGCGCCGCCUGUUCCAACUCCUACACCUUCUCCUUCUCCAAAUCCUAAUUCUACUCCACCUUCUCCUUCUCCAAAUGCACCGAAACCGGCAGCUCCUGCGGAUGGUCGAGGAGGACCGGCUGGUCUAAGUGGCGGUCAAAAGGCUGGGAUAGUCAUUGGAACACUUCUAGGAGCAGCUUUGUUAGGUUUCUUUGGAAUGGUUUGUUGGAAACGCCAAAGUAACAUAAGAAGAAACCGUUAUAGUAAUGCUGCUAGGAAUAUUGAACUUUGA